AUGAAUUCUCAAAAUGACAGAAAUCCAUAUAUACAAUCUCUAAUUCCAUCUUACUCUAAUAAUAAUAGUAAUAAUAACAAUAACAAUAACAACAUCAACAACAAUAAUAUUAAUUAUAAUAGUAACAAUAACAAUAACAAUAACCAUAAUAAUAAUAAUAAUAAUAAUAAUAAUAAUGAUAAUAUUUUUCUCUAUAGUAAUGGAGGUGGUUUAAAUAACAAUUACAACUCUAAUAUUAACUAUAAUGGCUAUAAUAAUCCUCCAAAUAAUUUUCGGAACUCUUUAGAUUUAAAUGGUCUUAAUGGUAAUAAUAAUAUAAACCAUAAUAAUAACAAUAAUGGCAUCUAUAAUAAUAAUAAUAAUAGCUAUAGUUUUGGGAAUAAUGGGAACUUUAAUAAUAGCAAUAACAGCAAUUUUAAUUUAAAUAACUUUAGUAAUAAUAACUACAAUUCAAUUAAUCAAAGACCAAACCCACCUUUAUUUAAUAAUGACUAUAAUAAUAUGAAUAAUAUGAAUAAUAUGAAUAUGAAUAAUAAUAUGAACUACAAUAUGAAUAACAAUAUGAAUAACAAUAAUAAUAUUAAUUAUAAUAUGAAUAAUAAUUUCAAUCAAUCAAACAAUAUAAAUCAUAUCAAUAAUAUGAAUAAUAUGAAUAAUUUAUUUGCUCCUCUUGUUCCUCCACAACCACAACAAUAUUUUUAUCAAAACUCACCAAAAAAUCAACAACAGACUUUAUCACCGCCAUUACAAACACAGUCUCAAACUUUAGAUUUUCAGAAUCGUUCGAGUCAACAACUUCCAUCAAUUCCCACAUCACCUCCACCAUCAUACUCUACACCACCUUUACUUCCACCCAAAAUAUCCUUUGUACAACAACAAUUAUUUUCACAACAAUCUCCUCCACAAUACCCCUCUAGACCUGCCCCACCUGUACCACCAAUGGUUCCAUUUCAACUAAAUACUGUACAAAAUAUAUCACCACCAUCUUCCAAUUCAACAAAAAUAUAUAACAAUCAAAGACAAUCUCAAAGAUUACCACCAAGUGCAUCCCAACAAAUUUUACAACAAAAACCACCACCCCCACAACCACCACCAUCAAGACCUAAGUCACUACCAACAUCGCCACAUAAUAAUAAUAUUAAUCAUAUUAAUAAUAAUAGUAAUUUUAAUCAUAAUCAUAAUAAUAAUAUAAAGCAAUCAAAAAAUUUAAAAUCAUCAAAUGACAGAUCAAUUUUAGAAGACAUGGGAUCAUUAAUAAAAGAUAUUUAUAAAGAAGAGAAUAUAUUAUCAUCAUCUAAUAAUAGUGUUGGUAGUAAUAGUAGCUUAGAUAAUUCACAAUCAAAAUUAGAACCAGUAUUAAGAGAAGGAUGCUUAUUUUAUAAUGUUGUAGUUAUGAAUGAACCAAAAGGAAAUGUUAAUGAUAAUCGUUGGUUUGUGCAAAGAGGUCAGUUUUUAUUCAAUCAUUUAGAAAAAGAAAUGAAGGAAGUUGAUAUUUUAGAUUUAAAGAGAUUACUAUUAAAUAUUGAUAUUCGUUUAAUGGAUAAUAGCAACGAUCUUAGAUACGGUUUCCGUCUACGUACCCCAAAAAAUAACAUAGCACAUUUUAUUUGGACAAUAGACCCUAAAGAGGCAAUUAUGUGGUUAGUCUCAAUUAGUAGCUUUACGUUAAACUUUGAUCAAGAGAAAGAGUCCGAAAUGAUUAACCAAAUCUUAGAAAUUAGCCAACCGGAAUCCAGACCCAAAAAAGUAAUAAAUACAUCAUCAUAUUCAAAACAAGAACAAGCAUCAUCCACAAAUCAAUCACCUUUAUCCGGAUUUUCAAUUUCAAAUCUAUCAAUAUUUGAUGGUAAUGAUAUUGGACGUUAUGAAGAUAUCGACUUUGAUAAUUUACUCAAAAAAGGUUUAGAUAUAUUUAAAUCUGAUUCGCAAAAGAAAACACUCAAAACAAUUUCUAAAAAUUUAGAUAAUAGAGAAUUAAUUGUCGAAAAUAUUUCAGAGUUAUUAUUAAAUACCGAGUUUGAAUUAGGCAAAUCAUUUUAUAAACUAAUAGUUGCAAUUGAAGAUAAAAUUUUAGGUGGCUCAGAUAAUGAAAAGAUAUCAAAUGAUGUAAAUAAUAUUAUUUAUGAAUAUACUCAAAUGAUAGUUCAUAAGAUACAAGAUUUACGUAAAAGUGAAAAGAGAAUUUCAUAUGCAAGAUUAGCAGUAGAAAAAGCAGUUUACAAAUUUAUUUAUCAAAUUAUCCUUAGUUUAUAUACAGCAAAAUAUGCCAAAGAAGACGAACAAUACUCUUCAAAAUUUUUACAAUUACUUACUAUUACAACUAUCCAUAUUGGUAUUCCUGAAGAUUUCUGGCUAUUAGACAACAAAUCAGAGUCGUUGAUGGAUGAUGAAGAGAUAUCAAGUAAUAAUGGCAGUGGAGAUGGUGAUACUGAAAUUAUCAAUAACUUUUGUGAUAUUGAUUUAGAGACAGCCGCCCAUUUACCUCCAUAUCAAUUUAGUAUCGAUAUUUUAAAAACACUACCAUCUUUAACAACCCCAACCGAAAAAUUAGAAUGUAUCGAAAAAAGUAUAGAUUUAAUUUCAGAAUCAAUCAAACUCUAUUGGGAAAAGAAAUCUAAAUUUAACCGUUCCACCAUAUCUAAAAUACCACAAAUUAGCGCAGAUGAAUUGUUACCUAUUUUCUCCUAUGUAAUCAUCAAAUCAAAUAUUACCAAUGUCUUUUCUGAGCUUAUGUUUAUCCAAGAAUAUUCAGAUUUUAGUCUUUGUUCCCAAAAACAACAAUAUUGUCUUACGACAUUUGAAGCAGCACUUCAAAAUACCUUGGAUUGGACCAUUGAAAGUUUAUUGGCUGAUGCUUCAAAAGUAUUUGAAGAUUUAAAACAAUCAACAUUAGAAUUAUCUCCAUCAAAAAGAAAAUCAAUGUCCAUUUCAUUACCUGCCUCCUCUAUGCCAUCACCAUCACCAAUUUCACCAUCAAUGCUAUCGAAUGUAGGUGAGCUAUCAAUCAGUAAUAAUAGCAAUUUUAUUAAUAAUAAUAUAGGUAAUUUAAGUAAUAGUAAUAGUGUCAGUAGCAACAAUAGUGAUAACAAUAACAGUAGCAAUAGUAAUAGCUAUAUAGAUGUUAAUAACUCUACAAAUAUUACAGCUUCAAAUAUUUUAGAUAUCGACUUUUCAAUACCUACUACUUCAGUUUUACCAAAAAUAACUACUACAACAACCACCACCACUACAACAACAUCAACUGCCUCUUCAUUAGAUAGUGAUAAUGAUAGUAGCUUAUUGGUAAAUGAAGAACACUCAAUAUUAGAACCAACCUCUAGAUCAAACUCUCCACUUCAAAAUAAUAAAUCUAAAAAUAAAAAUGAUAGCAAUAACCUCAAUACACUUAUUGAUGAUAUGUUCAAUUUUUAA